AUGGGACACGGACGGAUUACAAAGUUCAUCAAUGGCAGAAUCGUCCAGGACGGCCAGCUGGCGACGGCCGAUAUCCUGGUGUCAGCAGACAGUGGCCGGAUUUUGUCCGUUGAACAGGCGUCGCCGUCAUCCUGCCAAAACCACCCCGGACUGAUCGAUGUCGUCGACCUGGACGGGCGCAUUCUGGCUCCCGGCUUGAUCGACGUGCAGCUCAACGGUGCCUUUGGCUUCAACUUCUCCGUGCUCCUCGACAAUCACCUCUCCUACGUCAAAGAGCUGAAUCGCGUCAACAAGGCCCUGGUGCAGACCGGGCUGACCUCGUACCUGCCGACGUUGACCAGCCAGCCCGCCAAUGUCUAUCGCCAGGUUCUGCCCUAUCUGGGACCAACGGGUGGACUACGGCUGGCCGAGACAGGGUGUGAGUCCCUAGGCGCGCACUGCGAAGGUCCCUUCCUCAGCAGAGGCAAGAACGGGAUCCAUAACCUCGACAACCUCCAGGAACCCCAGAAUGGCUUUGAAGAUUUCGAGGCCUGCUACGGUUCUUCCAACCUCUCUGUCUCCCCCGACGGUCGCCCCCCUCGGAUCAAGAUGAUCACCGCGGCGCCAGAAGUGGGCAAGGUCACCACGGCCUGCAUUCCGGAACUACAGAAACGAAACAUCAUCUUCUCCAUCGGUCACUCCGAGGCGACGUAUGAACAAGCAUGUGCCGCCGUCGAGCGCGGUGCCAGCAUGGUCACCCAUCUGUUCAACGCCAUGCCGCCGCUGCACCACCGCAACCCGGGCGUCCUAGGGCUCCUGGGACACUCGGAGACGAUUCGAAGACCCUAUAUUGGGGUCAUCGCAGAUGGGAUCCAUCUGCACCCCAGUGUCGUCAACGUGGCGUCCCAGGCCCAUCCGGACGGCUUUAUCUUGGUCACGGAUGCGAUGCACCUAGUCGGCCUCCCAGACGGGACGUAUCAAUGGAGCACAGACGGUCACCGCCUGAUCAAGAAAAAGAGCCGUCUGACGCUGGAAGGCAACCCUGACAAGAUCGCUGGCAGCGCCGUGACCCUCCUUGAGUGCGUCAACAAUUUCCUAUCAUGGUCCGACACGGAUAUUCCGACCGCCCUCAAAGCCGUCACCGCCACGCCGGCCAGAAUGCUCGGUCUGCAUGGCGUCAAGGGAUCAUUGACUCCCGGGGCCGACGCGGAUCUCGUGGUGCUCUCCGAGAUCAAGAGUGGGGGAAGAUCGCAGUUGGUCCUGGAGCAGACCUGGAAGUUUGGAAUCAAGGUCUACGAUGGCCAGGAAUGUUGAUAUGCAAGUUGCAACCUCUUUGCAUGAAUACUGGUAACCAGAGGUGAAUCAAU